AUGUCUCCAGUCUACUUGCCCACCCGUCUGCAGUGUCUGAACGUACCCAUAGUUCACGACCAGGACUGUGAAAACGCUUAUCCUGGCAUGAUCACACGCAGGAUGGUGUGUGCCGGAUACAUGGAUGGGGGCAGAGAUGUAUGCAAUGGUGACUCCGGCAGCCCUCUGGUUUGUGCUGGAGAGGUCCACGGGCUGGUGUCAUGGGGUCAGGGAUGUGCCAUGCCUAACUACCCCGCAGUCUACGUCAAAGUGUGCGAGUUCCUCUACUGGAUUGAGGACACCCUGGCAGCCAACCCCUGAAGAAAUUACCCAUUUUUCCCUCACUUCACCCCCCUCUAUUCUCUCCUACUCCCAAACAUUUAUUUUUCUUUCCUUCUCUAGUGCCCCCCCCCCAUCCAGACUCAACAUGCAUGUCCCAAGAAUAUAGAAAACAAAAUAAAACCAACACAGGGAUAUCUUCA